CGAACGCAACAGUGGCUUUUCAACAAAUACUUCUUCGACGAGGGAGGUAUAAUAUAAGCUACUGAUUCGGCGGACGAAACUUGAGGAGAACUCUCGAAGUUGGAUCAGAUUCCACGAACCAUGAGGUUGUUAGCUCGUUUCGUCUCGAGAGUUGGAGACAAUCCGUGAUGAAAUGAAAUGAUUUCAUCUGGUGGAAUCAGGCAUUAGCGUUGGUUGGUGAUCAGAUCUUCUUCUUCUCGUCAUCGAUGCUGCUCUGCUGGUAGAGAUGUGAGAUUGAGACUUCGAGGCGGCAAGCGAGAUCUGCUGGUCCCAAAUUAACCAUGGAAGUAAUCUGAAGAGGGGGAGAGUGAAGGAGAGAGGGGAGGAGAGGAGCAGAUGAAGCGGCGGAACUUUUUGCAGCAGCAACGCAGCAGCAGAUGGAGAAUCAAGGCGCUGGUGGUGGUGCUCCUCUUGACCACCUGCUUCUUGCUGAUACUUAACCACUACCACUACAGCCGAAUUUUCACGUUUGGUGCGCCGGAAGCUCCGCCUCUCGUGGUUGUCCAGAAGCCCAAGAUCGCCUUUCUCUUCAUAGCUCGCAAUCGGCUUCCCUUGGACUUCGUCUGGGAUGCUUUUUUCCAGGGAGAGAAAGAGGGUAAAUUUUCAAUCUUCGUUCACUCGAGGCCUGGGUUUCUCCUCAAUGAGGUGACCACGCGAUCUGCUUACUUUUCUGGCCGUCAGGUCAAUAACAGUAUUCAGGUAGAAUGGGGAGAGGCUAGUAUGAUUGAAGCAGAGCGUAUUUUGCUUAGAAAUGCACUCAAGGAUUCUUCCAAUCACCGGUUUCUUUUUCUCUCUGACAGCUGCAUUCCAUUAUAUAACUUCAGUUACACAUACCACUAUAUAAUGUCUACGUCAACUAGCUUUAUAGACAGUUUUGCAGACACAAAGCAGGGUCGUUACAAUCCAAAAAUGAACCCAGUUAUUCCAGUGUAUAAUUGGAGGAAAGGAUCCCAGUGGGUUGUGUUAACUAGAAAACAUGCUGCAGUGAUGGUCAAUGAUGAUACAGUCUUCCCAGAGUUUGAGAGGCAUUGCAGAAGGAGGUCACUACCUGAGUUUUGGAGGGAUCAUCCUCUUCCUACAGAUGGUUCCAAGGAGCACAACUGUAUACCAGAUGAACAUUAUGUUCAGACAUUGAUUGCACAUAAGGGCCUUGAAGGAGAAAUUACACGGAGAACAUUGACACAUACAUUAUGGGAUCUUUCUUCAUCCAAAGAUCGUGAAAGGCGAGGAUGGCAUCCAGUCACAUACAAGCUUUCGGAUGCUACACCUACUCUUAUCCAAAAUAUAAAGGGCAUAGACAAUGUGUAUUAUGAGACCGAAUACAGGAGGGAAUGGUGCAGAAGCAAGGGGCAGCCAUCCACAUGCUUUCUCUUUGCCAGGAAGUUCACACGUGCUGCUGUCAUGAGGCUUCUUAAUACGUCGGCAAUAAUUCUAAAUUGACAAAAUUGACAAAGACCAGAUGCAUUAUACAAUAAUUCAUCUGCUGCUACAUGGGCAAAGGACCUGACAUGUCGUGGGUGUAAAUGAUAGCAAAUGAGAAUUGCCUCUCGGUAGCAGUCUUUACAUAAUAAAUUAGUUAGCAGCCCUACAGAAGGGAUGAAACAUGAGAUUCACACUGUACAUUGGUUUUGAAUUGUGUAGCGUACCCUUUUGUGAUCUUUUAGCAAACUCAUG